AGAUGGCGUCGACUUAAGCAUAAAUCGGUAGGAAUGAGUUUUUCGGCGUAGAAGUCCGCCUCUCUAGAGGCUCUGGUGUAAUUUCACGGUUGUUGCGGAGAAUAAUAAUCUUCCCCGUUAGGUAAGAGUACUGUAGGUGUUGCUGAACUCCCGUUUCUCCCUGCGAGCCUCCGGUACAGCCGGGGAGGCGAGCCGCUGACAGACAGGAUGGACGGCGGAGAGUACAUCUCCACCAUGGAGAACAUGGACCCAACUUUAGCGGAAUUAGGAGACGAAUUUACCUUGGGAGACAUCGACGAGAUGCUGCAGUUUGUCAGCAACCAGGUGGGGGACUUCCCAGACUUGUUUGAGGACCAGAUGAACUCAGCAAGCUCCCUACAGAGCAGCACCACACCGCGGCCUGCCAUUCAAAACCCUCAAACCCCUCAAACUCCCCAGACAUCGACCCCGGCAACCCCCUUCCAGACCCUGUCACCCCAGUCCGUACCCCUCACCCCUCCCCUCACUCCAGCUCAGACACCCUCCCCAACCGCUGUGUCCUCAGGGCAGCAGCAACAACAGCAGCAGCAGCAGCAGCAGGUGACCCGCAGCCCACCACUCCUCCAGCCACGGCCACAGGUGGUCCAACCAAUCCAGCCUCAGCCACAGCCGACGCCCCAGCCCACCAUCCAGAUGCAAACCCAGGGGAUCACCAUGCAGACCCAGAGCUUCCCAGUCCACACCCUGGUUCAGACCCACAACCAGACCAUGCCCAUACAGACCCAGGCACCCCAAACUGUGAUGAUCACCAGCAGUGGCCAGUCGCGUUUCAUCCAAAACCCUGUCAUCUGCCACCAGAGCCCUGCUCCCAGUUUCCAAGUCCUCCAACCACAAGUGCAGAGCAUCAUGACGUCACCGCAGCUCCAACCGCUGACCAUUCAGCACCAGCGCGUUCUGACACCAUCGGGUCAGACCAUCCAGACUCUUUCCACAGCGCCCACAACAGUCCACACUAUGCAACAGCAGGUGCAACAAUUACCUGUUCUGGUCCAGCAGCCUCAGAUUCUGAAGACAGAUUCGCUAGUGCUGACAACUCUCAAACCAGAUGGCACACAGGUGCUGUCUACCAUGCAGAGCCCUACAGGGAUUACCACCUUAACUACGCCCAUCCAGAACACAGCUCUGCAAGUCCCGACACUGAUGAGCAGCAACAUCCUGACCACCGUCCCUGUUAUGAUGGGUGGAGGAGACAAGCUGCCGAUCAAGCAGCUACAACCAGGUUCCACUAACUGCACAAACGGAACCAGAUCAAGCAUUGAUCAGGGUCAGAUGAUGGGAGGAGGAAUAGGUCAAGGAGGGGUGGUGAAGGAGGGCGAAAGGAGGACGACCCACAACAUCAUUGAGAAGAGGUACCGGUCCUCCAUCAAUGACAAGAUCAUUGAGCUCAGAGACCUGGUCAUGGGUAAUGAUGCCAAGAUGCACAAGUCAGGAGUUCUGAGGAAGGCCAUUGACUACAUCAAGUACCUGCAACAGGUCAACCACAAACUACGACAAGAGAACUUGGCUCUUAAAAUGGCAAACCAGAAGAACAAGCCUGUGACACUGUCUGAUGAUGUGGAAAUGAAACAGGAAAUAGUGAUGAUGUCACCUCCAGCCUCGGACUCCGGCUCUGGUUCCCCUCCCCAAUUCUCCCCUUACUGUGUGGACUCUGAGCCAGGCAGCCCCUUAAUUGAUCACGAUCAGGUGAAGAGUGAACCAAACUCUCCCUCCUCGGUUGGAGUGAUGGAUCGCUCUCGUCUGCUUCUCUGCGCUCUGACGUUCUUCUGCCUGUCGCUAAACCCACUGCCAUCUCUAUUGGGCUCUGAGACAUCAGGGAGCCCGAGCCUUUCGUCAGGCCACGGUCCAUCUAGAACGCUUGUCUGGCUCCCAAGUCACACACAAGACUUCGCAUCCUGGAUGCGGUGCCUGUUGCCGUGGGUGAUGGUGUGGGUGCUGAGCGGGGUGGGUGCCGUGUGGGGCUGCGUCAGAGUGCUCUACCUUUGGGAGCCAGUCACACCCCUUCACUCUCCAAAGUCUGUUUCCUUCUGGAGGCACCGCAAACAAGCAGACCUUCAUCUUAACAGGGGAGAUUACACAGCAGCAAUGGCCAGUUUAGAGACCUGCCUGUCCGUCUUGACCAGAGCUCUUCCUUCAACCAGUCUGGAUCUAAUCUGCUCGCUGUCCUGGAACGUGAUUCGCUACUGCCUGCAUCGUCCAACUCCUCUGGGCUGGUUGGUUCAUCAGGUCAGGGGAAAACACGAGGGGGACGAGGCUAGGACUAGUGCGAAGGAUGCGGCGCUGGUUUACCAUCGGCUGAGCCAGCUGCAACUCACAGGUAAGCUGCCUCAGCGUAGCAGUCUGUGGGCUUUGUCUCUGUCUCUGAGCGCUGUCAACCUCAGCGAGAGCGCCCAAGGCAAGAUGGCGCCCGCACAGCUCGCCCAGAUGUACGUCACUGCAGCGAUUGCACUGCGCACUGUGCUGGGCCACCACCUCUCCUGUCUGCCUGGUUACCUGCUGAGUUGCGCAGAGCGUGUGGCCAACCAAUCCGAGACCAAGCUGAUCCCUGACUGCCUGCGCUGGCUUUUCACCCCAUUGGGCAGGCAGUUCUUUCUGAGCUGCGAUUGGUCGGUCAAGUCAGAGAGCAGCGACGGCGUGUUCACCUCUCAGAGAGAUCCAGCUGACCCUAUUGCCCAGCUUCACCGCUGUUUCUGCAGGAAGCUUUUGGAGAGAGCCGUCCACACCCUCAUCCAGCCGCAGAGCGACUCUGAAGCAGGAAAACGCAAGACCGACUCUGGGGAGUUUUCCAGUGCUCUUGAGUUUCUCCAGUUGUUGAACAGCUGUACAGAGGACUCCCCCUCAGCGCCUCCUCCCUUUUCAACUCCUCCCAAUCACACCAGCACUCCAGUGGGAGAUCCAGUGAGUCGUUGGUGGGCCUUGGUCCUUAAGGCUGCUGUGCAUUGGCUGCAGGGCGAUGAUGUCGCUGUGAGGUCACUGUUGGCAGAAGCAGAGCGAAUGCCAAGGGCUUUCCACACUCUUGACCACUCGCUGCCCAAGGCUGUGCUGCUGCUUUGCAAAGCAGUUCAGAUGAGUCUGUCGCCUCUCAAGGGAGAAGGAGCUGUAGCCUGCCUGUCCAACUGCGACAGAGCCAGCAGCUACCUGCGCUCCAACAUCUCAGUGCCGCUUGCUCAGUCUGGGAACUGGCUGAACAAGGGGGUGGAGCUCCUGGUGUGUGACCUUCUGCUAACUUUGAGGACCAGUUUAUGGCAGCGGGGAAGCAGCAGUAAUGGAGAACCUGGCCCGGCCCCGGGAUCUCAGUUGGCCGGUUUCCAGAGGGACCUCAGCGCUCUCCGAAAGCUCACACAGUGCUACAGACAGGCGCAACACAAGGUGUUUCUCCAUGAGACCACAGUGAGGCUGAUGGCUGGUGCCAGUCCCACGAGGACACACCAGCUGUUGGAACACAACCUCCGACGCAGGACACACAACUCAUACACAGCCGAGGGUGAGUGUGUCCUGGGCGAGAGGGAGAGAGCUCAUGCCAUCCUGCUGGCCUGCCGCCACCUGCCCAUGCCCCUGCUAACCCCACCCGGGCACCGGGCCCGCCUGCUGGCCGAGGCCAAGCGCACCCUGGAGCGCGUGGGAGACCGUCGAUCCCUCCAGGACUGUCAGCAGAUCCUGCUUCGCCUCAGCGGGGGGACGACCAUUGCCGCAUCCUGAACACAGACACACACUGCGAGAGCAGACACACACACAGAUUAGGGCUACUGACAGUGCACUCAAACAAUGAAUCGUGUGAUCAUUUACAACUUGUAAUUCUGUUAUCGUCAACCAUAUACAUACUGAUGAAGGGCCAUGAAUAUAGGGACUUUUUCUUCUCACUGCCGCACAUUCAUCACACACAGACUGCUGAUUUUUAGCACCACGGCUACAUCUAAUCCUUACAGCUACAUCUAACCUUCAGCUCUGUAGCUACACUGCGGCCCAAACACUCAACACAUUCGCUCCUCUUGAUAAUUAGUUGCGUUGUUGCAGCACAAUCACACCACCCGCUGGUCAUUAAUGGUACCAUGCAGGCUCAUAUUUAACUAUACUAUACAACAAAGAAAAUCAGGUUAAAUAGGCCCCCAAGGGAAAAGGGACCAUUAUCUAAUAGCUAUUUAAAUUAACACAAUGCAGAAGUGCAUUGAUUAGCUGUAGGAUACUGAGCUGUACAAUCAUUAUUGGCACAUGGCAAAGUGAGUGACAGUAAUGUCUCAUUUAACUUGUUGAGCUUCAAUUAAGGGCUUCAGAGUAUUCAAGAUUAGACAGCUGUGGUCCGUUGGGCUCGGCUUUGCUGUAGGAUGCAGACAGAUAGACUGGCUUGCUUUUAACCAUUCAGUGCUGAGUAGUGUCUCUUCUUAUCUACCUCAUAUACUGUACAAUGCUAGCAUUGUGCAGCGGAGCAAAAUAGGAUACUUAAGCACCGCGUCAGUCAUUCUGAAUUUGAAUUAAAUGACCAUAUGAAGUGCAGUAUGAUUCUAAUAUGAUAUUUGUUUAUAUUUUAGGAAGCAGGAGCACAGGUGGGAAUUUGACUUGUUGCAGACAAGCUACUGCUGACAUGCUCCUUAAAGUCAGACAAAAAAACAGGGAAAAUGAUUGGUUAAAGGUAAUAUCAUAACCGAGGAAAGCAGUCAAUCACGGGCCACGUUUUUCAAAACUCCUACCUACACAUGCACACACACACAAACACAUACCACGCACACACUCACAGACGCAUAUACACAUUACAUGUUAAAUUAAUUGGAUACCAACUCACAAUGUGAUUGUAUAUAGGUUGUAUAUAGCCAGAUAAACAGAUGUCUUAAGUAGAUUAAACAGCAAGUCCUUACCUACUGCUAGAGAGAAGACACACAUCAAAGAAAGCACUGCAACACGUCAGAGUUGAAUGAUAAUGGUUUCCUGUCAGUCUGGAUCUGUUGGCCUGAUGCUCAAUUCAGGAGAGCAGUUUCAGUUGCCUCGUCCUUUAAAGUGAUACUCCACCAAAAAUAUAUUUAAAACACAAACCUGCUAUAGUCUGGCAAGGUAGUUUUUUAAAAAGUAGCUGAUGAAAAACAGCAAAUGUGGUCAGUUUGAAUUCAGUGA